UUUGCUGACAAUUUAUUAUUGAUCACAUAAAUACAGAAUUUCACCGCAAAAAAUUAAUUACUUUGUGAGAUUCUUUGUGAAUAGCAAGAAACAAGCUCCCGAUUGUGCAAAAUGUCGGAUUCUGAGUACGCAUCCAGCAUUGAAGACGUGGCCCCAUUAGAGGUGGUGCCACCACCGCGCUCGAGCAAGAGCAAGUCCAAAACCAGCGCGUCGACCUCAACCGCUUCUACGCCUGCGCCUAAGCCGAGGAAGCGAAAGCCUGCCGCCCAUUCCGUUGCGAACGUUGAAGCCCUAACUAGACCAAAGAAAACGAAGAGUUUGUUUUCAAUCAUUAAUAAGGACGAGCGGGCAAGUGCGAAGGAGACAACUCGUAGCAUCGCAUCGAGCUUUACAUCGCGGGUGUCUUCGGGCCAGUGUCGUCGGACUGCAGUCACCAGCGGCGAGUUCUACAUAGAUUUGAAAGUCUACAACACCGACGAUGUUAAGAACGUUCCACCCGAGGAGCGUUACAAGAAAGCGCUUGCAGCGGUAAAACUCCAAUGCGGUGAACAAUCCCAGGAGUGGGAGGCUCUACAAAGGUUUAUAAGUAGCGCUUACGUAAUUUUUGAAGAGUGCGAACCGACUUAUUACAGUAAUAAAAUAAACAUUAAAUAAUUUUUACUUGUAAAUAAACAUACUUAUUACACAGUUUUAAUAUUAUUUUUUACAUUCGAAUUAUUCAACAUUAUUUCUAGUAGGUAGGUAUAGAGACUUUAUUGUUUAUUAACUAAUUCUUGGUUCUAAAAUGCCUUUCUGUACUAUUUGUAACGUGUCCAUAGGUUCAACCUCUUGGGUAGGACACUUGCGGAGUCGCUUGCACAAGCAAAAGAACUCCACCCAACCACACAGUGAUGGUGUGGAAAUCGUAGGUUCUGCAUUUCGCUCUCGAAUCAUUUCUUACCGAUUAGUUGCAAGUGAACUUGACCAAACUUCUAUAGAUAUUUUCUUUAAUUCUAUUCAUAACAAAAUAAAAUCACUUUUAGAUGAUGCUUUAAGAGUACAUACUUGCAUCAAAGUGAAUUUUGAAUUAUUUAGCAUUUUCCUGUUAUUCAAAAAUAAUAUGCAGGAAAUGAAAUCUUUUGUUACAAAGAAUUUUAUACUUUACCACAACUAUGAUUUUGAUAGUUUAUUUUCUAAACUAGUGAGUAUAUUGAAAAAGAAAAUGGAAGAGUUUGAGGAAAGCGAUAGUGGUUGGGCUUUUUUAAGUAAUUCACAUUUAGAAAUAAAUGUCAAUAAGUACCAACCAUUAGGUGGGUCAUCUUAUUUAAAAUUACCUAAAUUUAUUCAAAAUAAGAAAGCAUGUAUAAAUAUUCAAAAUAAAGACCAGUGUUGCUUUUUAUGGAGCGUAACAGCAGCUCUUUACCCUGCUCGAAAUCAUCCUGAACGAGUCUCGUCUUAUCCCAAUUUUAAAGAUGUUCUAAAUAUCAAUGGGAUAUCUUAUCCCGUCACAUUCUCAGAUAUUAGGAUUUUUGAGAAAAACAAUCCUAAGUUAAGUUUUAUCAUUUAUGGUCUAAAAAAUUCUAAAACCAUUAUUGGCCCCGUAUAUAAAUCUGAAAAUACCAAAAACAAAAAAACUAUUCAUUUGCUAAUGUUAGAAAAUGACGCGACGUCACAUUAUUGUCUUAUCAAGGACUUGUCGCGGCUUGUCAGAAAUCAAAUAACAGCUCAUCAUGGUAAAAUUUAUUUCUGUGAUACAUGCUUAGUGUUUUUUACUACUUUUGAUGAACUAGAAAAUCAUUUAUGUAGCGGGAUCGUCACUGUAUUACCUGAAAAGGGGACCGUCAUAAAAUUUAAUAAUUAUGACCGUAAACAAAAUGUUCCAUUCGUCAUUUAUGCAGAUUUUGAGACAAUUUUAGAAGUGCACAAAGACAAAUCUGAUACGCAAAAUACAAAAACGCUGCAGCACCAUAUACCCUCAGCGUUUGCGUACAAUAUAGUCUGUACUGUAAACACUAGCUAUAAUCGGUAUGUAUCAUAUCUCGGUUCUGACUGUGUUUCAAAAUUUAUAGAAUCUCUUUACCGUGAUGUUCGUGAAAUUCAUGCAAUCUUAUCUAAAAAUUUGCCUAUGAUUUUUACCGAAAAAGAUGCAUCCGAAUUUUUGCAAGCCACUCGCUGUCAUAUAUGUGAUAACUUUUUAUUUUCAGACAAAGUGCGCGAUCACUGCCACAUAACAGGAUUAUAUCGUGGUGCAGCCCACAGAUAUUGUAAUUUACAAUACAAAAUACCUAAGUUUAUUCCUGUAUUUUUCCACAACUUGGCAGGUUAUGACUGUCAUUUGUUCAUAAAACAAUUAGGUGAAAUGCCUGGAAAUAUUAAGAUUAUACCUAAAACUAAAGAAAAUUAUGUGUCAUUUACGAAAUUUGUUCCGAUUUCUGAUCAAGAAUUUAUACAAUUGCGCUUCGUAGAUUCAUUUAAAUUUCUUGGCACUAGCUUAGAUAAAUUAGCAAAAACUAUUAAAAAAGAAGAGUUUGAUCAUUUACGCACGCAUUUUCCAAUACCUACCCAAUUUAAUUUACUUACUCGCAAAGGUAUAUAUCCCUACGAAUACAUGGAUAACUGGGAUCGGUUUAAAGAGCGAUGUUUACCAGAAAAAAAAGAGUUUUACAGCUCCCUUACAAAUGAGCAUAUUACUGAUGAAGAUUAUGAACAUGCUCAAUCAGUUUGGUCACAAUUUAACAUCAAAAAUCUGGGUCAAUACACUAAAUUGUAUUUGAAAACAGACGUUCUCUUGUUAACUGAUAUUUUUGAAAAGUUUAGAAAAACUUGCAAAUUUCAUUAUCAAUUAGAUCCUGCUUUCUAUGUAACCGCUCCUAGUUUAUCAUUCGAUGCAAUGCUUUACAAAACUGGAGUCGAGUUGGAGCUCAUAGAUGACCUUGCCAUAGUGCGUAUGAUUCAAUCAGGCAUCAGAGGAGGAGUAUGCAUGUGUUCGCACAGGCAUGCCAACGCCAAUAACAAAUACAUGAACGAAUACGAUCCCUUAAAACCAGAUACCUUUGUAGUUUACAUAGAUUGCAAUAACUUAUACGGAUUCAGUAUGUGUCAAUCUCUACCGCUGUCGAAUUUUAGAUUUUUAAACCAGACAGAAAUUGAAUGUCUUGAUAUUGUUAAUGUUCCUGCUGAUGCAGAGUAUGGUUUCAUUCUUGAGGUUGACUUAAGCUAUCCGAAAGAGUUACAUGACAGGCACAAUGAUUUACCAUUUUGCCCUGAGAAAUGCAUUCCACCGGGGGGUAAGACUUUUAAGCUCGUGCCUAAUCUUUACGACAAGUACUUCUACGUCAUCCACUAUGUUCACUUGAAAACAUGUUUGAAACAUGGGCUGAUAUUAAAAAAAAUACAUCGAGUCAUAACGUUUCAACAAAGUCCUUACUUAAAACAAUAUAUCGAUCUAAAUACGAGUUUAAGACAACAGGCUCAAUCUACAUUUGAACAAGACUUUUUUAAGUUGCUCAAUAACAGCAUUUUUGGUAAAACCUUAGAAAACAGCGAAAAAAGAGUUAAUGUACAUUUAGUUAACGAAUGGAGUGACCACAAUAAUGUAACAAAAAAGAAAAUAACUGCCAAUAAAUUAAUUGCAAGCUCUAGUUUUCACAGUGCUUCAAUUUUCACUGAAAAUUUAGUCGCAAUACAAACAAAACCUGAACGGGUGAUUUUGGAUAAGCCAAUAUACAUAGGGUUUACGGUGUUAGAGUUAUCUAAAAGCCACAUGUAUGACUUUCAUUAUUCAGUUUUUGAACCAUCGUAUAAAAACAAAUUACAAAUGUGUUACACGGAUACGGAUAGUUUCGUUUACCAAAUUGAAACCGAAAACUUUUACAAAGAUUUAAAAGAAACCUUCUUACAUUAUUUCGACACAAGCAAUUUUUUCAAAGAAAAUGUAUAUGGCUUACCGCUUCUAAAUAAAAAGAUUCCUGGACUUUUCAAAGACGAAAUGGGAGGAAACAUUAUAACAGAGUUUGUUGGAUUACGUUCAAAGUUGUAUUGUGUAAAGACCAUUAAUACUACAAUUAAAAAAGCAAAGGGAGUAAAGAAGAGUGUUGUUCGCGAUAUACAAAUAUCAGACUAUAAAAAAACUUUGUAUCACGGCAAUAUAGUGCGGAAAACAAAUAUUUUAUUUAAGUCAAUCAAACACAACAUUUUUACUCGCAGUCUCAACAAAGUAGCGCUAUCCAGUAAUGAUGAUAAACGUUUUGUUUCGGCUGACAAGGUGUCAACAAGAGCUUGGGGGCAUACAUCCAUU